UUUUUUUAUUAAAUUAAAAUUUCCAAUUUAAAUUUAAAUUUUUGGAUGGAUGAGGAUGUUUAUUGAAAAAACAAGAAGUUGUUUAAAGUAUAUUAUUUCUCCCUUUUAUUUAAACUACUAGAAUGCAUAAUCAAUAAAAUCAUAGAGAAAACAAGUUAUUCAAUUAAAUUUACAAUAUGGUUAUGGUUUCCAAUUUUCCUAAAAAUAAAUAUAUUUUAAUUUUUAUUUAUAUUGUCUUGGACUUGGUUAAUUUUUAUUCUUGUCAAUCAUUUAUUAAUAGUGAUUUAGAUGCUACUGGAUUUUCAUUAGCAGUGGCAACUUGGUAUGGAGAUCCCACUGGAGCUGGAAGUGGUGGAGCUUGUGGACUAGAAGAUGAUGUAGGAAAAAUACCAUAUAACGCGAUGAUAACCGCGGGAAAUCAAGUUUUGUUCAAACAUGGUUUAGGAUGUGGUGCAUGUUAUCAGGUAUUAUGUAAUCAAAAUGAAGAAUGUUCACAAAAUCCAAUUACAGUUACUCUUACAGAUGAGUGUCCAGGAACAUGUAAUGAUGAUCCAAUUCAUUUUGAUUUAAGUGGAAAUGCCUUUGGAGCUAUGGCAAAAUUUGGCCAAGCUGAUCAAUUACGUAGUCUUGGAAGAAUUGAUAUUUAUUAUAAAAGGGUGUCAUGUGACCACAAGCAAAAUAUUAUGUUUAAGGUUGAGAAAGGAUCCAAACCCUUAUUUCCUUGCAAUUGCAAUUGAAGCUCAAAAUGGAGAUGGUGAUCUUUCUUUAGUUGAAAUAAAACAUACAAAUUCAAAUGAAUGGCUUCAAAUGCAACAAAUGUUUGGAGCAACAUGGUCAAUAAAUAUUUAUCCAGACACACAAAUACCUCCUUUUUCUAUUAGGUUAACUUCACAAAAUAAACAUCAAGUUGAAGCUAAUAAUGUCAUUCCUAUAAAUUGGCAAGCAAGAGAAAUUUACUAUUCAAAUGUUCAACUUUUCUCCAUAAUUAUUAAUUUUUUUCUUUGUUUUUUUUGGAGGAUUUGAGGAAGUUUAGAUAUUACAAAGUGAAAUUUUGGACUUCCUUUGUAUAACAAUAAUAUAUUCUUUAGUUAUCUCAAGUUUAAAAAUCUCACUUUAUUAUAGUUCAGAGUGUG